CAGAACUCCUUCAAGCAGGAUGAAAACCGACCUGGAGCUGGCCCUGGAGUGUGCUGUGAACAUCUACCACCAGUAUGCCGUGCUGAACCGCCCCAUCGACGACUACCUGAGCAAGACCGAGUUCUCCAAGCUGCUGAAGGAGACAGCCAAGCCCUUCCUGAACGACACCAAGCCGCCCAACACGAGCACCGACGACUACAUCAACCAGCUCUUCAACAAAGCUGACGGGAACCACGACGGGCGCCUCAAGUUCACCGAGUUCAUGACCACGCUCAACCUGGUGGCCAUCAAUGCCCAUGACAGGUCCCACAAGGGCCCUGGUGGGGACCAUGACCACGGGCACAGCCAUGACCACGGGCACGACCACGGGCACGACCAUGGCCGCCGUCCCCGGAACUGA